AUGGAACCUACCGGUGCGCCUACCAGCAGCUCGGCCUCCGGCCGCACGUCGGUGAUCGACUCCAUCCGCGGCUUCACGCUGGCCGGCGUGCGGGUCAACAAGGAGGAGCUCCGGCGGAAGGUCACGAUCCCCCGGUACCUACGGCUUGCCAUGAGGGAGGCGAUCCGGGAGAGGAGCGGCGGCGGGACCGCCGCCGCGGCCCGGCUGCAAGAGGUGGCGGAGCCGGCCGAGUGGCCGACGGUGGUGUUCGUGAAUUCGAAGAGCGGCGGGCGCCACGGGCCCGAACUCAAGGCCCGACUGCAAGAGCUCAUGGGCGAAGAACAGGUUUUCGAUCUUUUGGAGGUGAAGCCUCACGAAUUUGUUCAACACGGGCUGUAUUGCCUAGAGAGUUUCGCUAGCCUCGGAGACAAAUGCGCGCAAGAGACUCGCGAAAAGCUUAAGAUUGUGGUGGCAGGAGGUGAUGGGACUGUCGGUUGGGUCCUAGGUUGUCUUGGGGAGCUUAGCAAACAGGGGAGACUGCCAGUUCCACCGACCGGGAUUAUUCCGCUUGGUACCGGAAAUGACUUGUCGAGGAGUUUCGGUUGGGGUGGUUCGUUCCCGUUUAAUUGGAAAUCAGCUAUGAAAAGAACACUUGAAAAGAUAGCCACUGGCCCUUCUGCUCGUCUCGAUAGUUGGCAGGUUUUAAUAUCAAUGCCGAGUGGGAAAGAGUUGGAUACACCUUAUUCUCUCAAGGCAAUAGAAGAAACACCUCUUGAUCCGAAACUAGAAGUCGAGGGGGAGCUCCCGGAGAAGGUGUCUUGCUAUCAUGGAGUCUUUUAUAACUAUUUUAGCAUAGGUAUGGAUGCACGAGUUGCUCACGGUUUCCACCAUUUACGAAACGAAAGACCUUACCUUGCUCGAGGUCCCAUCUCAAACAAGAUGAUUUAUUCUGGAUACAGUUGCACGCAAGGGUGGUUCUGCACGCCGUGCAGCAGUGAUCCCGGUUUAAGGUCUCUGAAGAACAUCCUAAGAAUAUACAUUAAAAAGGUUCACGCAUCAAAGUGGGAGCAAAUCCCUGUACCAUUGAGUGUGAGAUCCAUAGUUGCUCUUAAUCUUCCUAACUAUGGAAGUGGAAGAAAUCCAUGGGGAAAAUUGAAGCCCAAUUAUCUUGAGAAGAGAGGAUUUGUCGAGGCCCAUGCGGACGAUGGAGUUCUCGAAAUCUUUGGUUUGAAACACGGAUGGCAUGCCUCGAUGGUGAUGGCUGAAUUGAUAUCUGCAAAACACAUAGCCCAGGUUUCGGCUGUCCGGUUCGAGCUCAGAGGCGGAGAAUGGAAAAAUUCAUACAUGCAAAUGGAUGGCGAGCCGUGGAAACAACCGAUGGAUAAGGAUUUCUCGACUUUUGUCGAGAUAAAGAGAGUGCCUCAUCAAUCGGUCAUGAUCGUGAGAGAUUAG